GAUGAUGCCGAUAUACCCUGCAGACUUGAGCGGCAAGAUGGCAUAGGCUGAGACUCGACCAGGCUAAUGAGUUUGAAAACUGCAUGUUGGUAGCAUCUUCAUCGCAGAACCAACAGCUAUGAAGACUACAUAGGAGCAGGCUACAAUCACCCAGGGCUGGUGCUCAGCCGUCUUGGACCGUAUAAAGUCGCUGCCUUGUUCUUUUUCUUGGCCCGCAACCCAUCUCUCAUUAAAUGUCAUGUUAUAAAACUAGCCGUCUCCAUGAGCGAUCAGUACACACGACGCCGAUGGGCCUUGGAUAUGAGAAAUGGAUUACGAACACCUCCACUGCCUCAUGAUAUAAGGCCUGAAAGAGACUACAGCAACAGACCAGAGCGGGGUGGUCCCGAGUACACCACGAUUCAGUUGGAAAGCGACGCCAAUAUGCUAGGACAAGAUGGUAUCCGUCAUGCCAAUCAUGGCGCAACUCGGCUCGACAGCGACAGCGACACCCUUAACGCGCCGGAUCAAGAUAGCGACCAGGCCUCAAGUCGGUCUAUUGCGAAGCCGAAGAAGCCACAGUCAGCCUGGAUCAGGCUGUCUUCAACGUGGUGGAUGGAAAUCGUCACCAUAUGCAUCAGCAGCGGCUGCAUGGCUGGCCUGAUUGCCAUCCUUGCAAGUUUCCAGAAUCGGCUCACUACAGACUGGACUUUCUUCAUCAGUAUCAACGCCGCCGUGGCCAUCGCCAUCACUGCAGCACGGGCGACACUCCUCGCUGCCGUAUCGGUGUUCCUCAGCCAGGACAAGUGGAGCCAUUUCAAUAACAAGGCGCGCCGCCUCCAAGACCUGAAUAUCAUCGAUCGAGCAAGUCGUGGGCCUUUGGGCUCCAUCCAAAUGCUCUUCAGCGUCCCAUGGGGGUGGGCAACAGUGAGCGCCGUAGUCAUGAUACUAUCUCUCCUCACCGAUACAUUUGUGCAGCAGGUCGUCUACUUCCAACCUGGAAACAUAUAUACCCUUCAAGACGGGUCAGCAACUUUCGGACACGCGCUCAGCUAUAGCGGUGGCACCAACUUUGAGUGGGGAACCUACAUGCACGACGGUAUACUUUUCUUAAAUAGUUAUGACCCUAUAAACGCUGAUGUGCAAUCUGCCUUCUUCAGGGGUAUGUGGCAGACUAGUUGGCCACCUGGGGUGAACUGCACUUCCAACUGCACCUGGGACCAAUCAUACUUCACCAUAGGUUUCAGCAGCACCUGUGCCGACGUUACGAAGGAGACUUUGGAGACUGUCCAGUGCGUGAACAACCGCACUUUCAGCGUGCCUUAUGGCUUCAUUGGCCCUUGCAAUAUGACCACGCCCAAAGGCUUACACUUCCCGUUUAUCCCAGAACCCGGGGGUUCUUCAAUGGCCAUAAACUCUAGCAGCUGGGACUCUGAACACCUUGAUCUGCUGGACGGCAGAAACUUCUCUAAAUCUGCCGUCUGGACUUGGAAUCGAGAAAACAUUGAUAUUACCAACAUGAAUGUUGAGUUGAAGCCGAUGCUGCAGAAUUCGACAGUCGUGGAGUGUACAUUUGACAUCGUGAUAUACAACUACUCGGAUAUCUCAUCCAUCUCAAACAACUUUAACAUCGGUUCAUCUAAGAAAACCACCCUUAGAAACAUGACUGGUGCUACAGACGUUAUGCGAUCAGACUGUACUUCCCGUACUUGUACCCUGAUGGAUCAAAUGAUCUGGUGGAACAAUACCGGCGCUGGUCUUCCAGACGUUUCCUUCUCCUCAAAGGACCUAGGAAUCAUUUCUCGUUUCUUCUCAUCGGAAGCUUUCGCCGGUAGCAUCGGCCCAAUAGUCUAUCCCACCGCCACCCAACCGCCGGGCAGCACGACGGCGUUUGGCAACGGAAGCCUGGAAAUCGUAUCGGGCAUAUUCGACAACAUGGCGCAAAGCUUGACGGACAUGAUACGAGAAAAGGGCACGGUACAAAUCGCGCAAGGCCUAACGAGCAAGGCCGUCGUCUAUAUGCGCGUGCAGUGGCUGUGGCUCAUCUUGCCGAUAACACUGCAAGUGCUCGGAGCGCUGGCGCUGAUCGGGGCACUGCUUGGGAGACGGCAGACCAAGGGCGUGCCGCUGUGGAAGGGUUCAGCUCUGGCCGUGCUGUAUCAUUCCGUUGACAAGGACGGAGUUAUGGGAACUCGGGUGAAUGGUCUACAAGAAUUGGAGGACCUUGGAAUGACACGUGUCAUGCUAGAGAAGAAUAGUGACGAUGCUGAUCCAUAGCACUCACUAAAUGGGGCCAUAUGACUGGAGGGGAAUCUUGUAUUGCUUUGUACUUUGUAAAAUAAUAAUCUGGAUGGUGGCGGAAGGGUUUGCUUGAUUCUGGCGUAUUGGUAUUGGUGUAAUUUGGGGCGGGGAGGUUGUUACUCUUUGAGAAAUGUACGUUGUAUUCAUGUUUUUAGCUGUGGCGUUAUUAUUGUAGAUAAAUAAUUGGAG